AUGCUGCUUGAUGAGAAACAAACAAUUCCCAAAGGCACCAUAUUUCAGAACAACCGAUUCCGGAAGGCUUGCCAGAAGCUACAGGGUAAAAAUGAAUCCAGAAUUGUUCAAGAUAUAUCUCGGUUGAUUGUCCCUUCAGCGGAGACGUUAGCUACAUUUGGCGCUAAGACUCUGGAGUGUUUGGUUGAAAGUGUUAACGAACAGUGGGGCUCCUCUAUUGUCUUCUGUGGACCACGUCCGCAGCCUGAUUAUGCAGUCGGGUUCAGCCGUUCUGUGUUCACAGAAGACCAGUUAAAGAAACUUGAGCCAUUCAUUGGCGACGACCCAGAUACCUACAGUUCCUUCUUUGUGGCCACCUUCUACAUGUACUUUCCCUUCUUGGCCAGUGAGGUGAAAGGUACCGCCAUACUCGACAUCGCCGACCGUCAACGCACACAGCAUGACCCUCGAUGUGAGGGGUGUCGUUGAGCUGUUUAAACUUGUAGGGCGCGAAGAUGAGGUCAAUCGUGAGAUCUUGGCUUUCUCAAUCUCACACGACAGCAGAACAGUGAGAAUCUAUGGCCAUUAUGCAGUUAUUGAGGGAAGCAAGACUUCCUUCUACCGUCACCCUAUCAGAUCAUUUGGCUUUACAGAGCUGGAGGGCAGAGAUAGGUGGACUGCUUACACCUUUACAAGGAAUGUUUAUGAGAAGUGGGCGCCGGAUCAUCUGAAAAGGAUCCACUCAGCUAUUGAUGGAAUCCCUUCUAGAGUUAAUUUUGAUCUUCUGUAGUCAGAUCUUGGACUCUCUUAAUCAAACACUCCAUACUUUUUG